AAUAAUUAAACAAAUUAAUAAUUGAUUGUUCAUAAAAAUAAUUAAACAAGAAAAAAGAAACGCCUUUGAAAACACUGCAUAACACUUUUUCUUUUUUCUGAUGGUGAAACCAUAAACAGGAUUCAAGGAGAAACAGACCAGCAGCGUUCAAGGACUAAGGACGAGCCGACCACUUCUAUUAUUGGAAUUCCGGAGACCUUACGUUAGCUCUUAUGGGGUGUUAUCACUCAAAGAAUGCUAAAAAAGUACUUGGAAAUGAAAGUCCUGCUGUUCUUGCAUCAGAAACACCUUUUACCGUUAAUGAAGUAGAGGCAUUAUUUGAACUAUUUAAGAAACUAAGUAGUUCAAUAAUUGAUGACGGGUGUAUUCACAAGGAAGAAUUUCAGCUUGCGCUCUUUAGAAACAGCAAAAAGAAGAACCUCUUUGCAGACAGGGUAUUUGAUUUGUUUGAUGUUGAGCAUAAUGGAGUUAUUAAGUUUGGGAAAUUUGUUAGGUCUUUGAGCAUUUUUCACCCUAGCACACCCGAUGUCGACAAGAUUGCUUGUAAGCUUCCGUUUGAGUUAAACAAUUACCUUAUAAUGAUUAGUGUGGAAGUGUUAAUUUUGAAAUAUGUUACUGCAGUUGCAUUUAGAUUGUAUGAUCUUAGAGGAACCGGAUUUAUCGAGCAGGAAGAGUUGAAGGAGAUGGUUUUGGCUCUUUUGGGUGAAUCAGACCUUGUACUUUCAGAUGAUGUAGUUGAAACAAUUGUCAAUAAGACAUUUCUUGAGGCUGAUUCAAAAGGUGAUGGAAAGAUUGAUCUGGAAGAGUGGAAAGAAUUCGUAGCAAAAAAUCCAUCUCUUAUAAAGAAUAUGACACUUCCAUACUUGACGGAAUUAACUCUGGCAUUUCCGAGCUUUGUAUUGCAUUCUGAAGUUGAAGAGUCAUGACAGUGGAAAAACAUAGGGCUGUAUAUUUUCUUAUAUCCUAGGCAGAUUCAGAAAUGGGAAAAGACGUCUGUUUUGACUAAGCACUGUAGCAGGUAGGUGGCUCUAAGGAAGAUAAUCAGAGCUGCAUCUCGACUACUCGCACUUUAACAUCAUCUUUUCUUUUGCUGUUCUUAUAUUUCAUUGUUUCUCACAAGGUAAAAGUGAGAGUGAUUGUAUAUUAGGUUUCACAGUGUUUUAAAGCUGGUGAACUCAUCCAAGAGUAUAACCAAUUUUAUUUACAGUGACUACGUAUAAUUGUAGUUUUAUUAGUCCUACUUUCAAUCAGAGACUGUAAUACUGUAAGCCUGUAUAGGUUUGUAAAUGAUCACACGUGAUUUUUUAACUGUUUUUCUUUUAUUGUUUGUUGUUU